AUGCAAUUCACUACUCUCGUUUCAUUCGCUCUUGCCACUGCUGCCUCUGUGCACGGUGCUCCAGUCCAUAAGCGCAUUGCGCAGGUCAUCGCUGACUCAACUACCAAGUGGGAGGCAGCAUGCGAUGCUGCUGGUGGAGGUGCCCAAUGCAACCAAGUUGCUGUCGCGUCCUUCGGCACUCUUCUUGCUGCUCCAGGUCCAUGCGAGCAGCAGAAUGCCGCUGACAACAUGAUUGACCUCGCAAAGACUCUCAGUAACAAUGCAGACAUGAUUACUUUUGCUCAGAUUUUUGCCCAGCAGCCUCGGAAUUCUCCUACAUCACAGAGCGUGCCCUAUUGCCAGUCAGCCCCGCGCAAUGCUGAGCUCAAUGGGCUCUUCCAGUGUCAGUUCCAGGGUGAUAACCCAACGACCUUUGUCGGUGGUAUUGCCGUUGGCGGUAACGGGACCAUCCCUUUCGGUAUGAGCGCACAUGUCAACCCGGCUGGUUCUUGCCCCGCAAACCCCACCGGUCCCAUCGCUGAUGGCACACAACUGGUGGAUCUCACCCAGAAUCCCGGUGUCGGUGGCACAACUGCCUCUAAUAAGACUACUGGUGGAAGCAAUAGCACCUCAACAGUGGCCACUUCUUCCGCCAUACCUUCGUCUGGUUCUUCGGAUUCUGACUGCGAGGAGGAUCCAACCGAGUCCAUACCUACUGCUUCUAUCGCCGCUGUCGCAUCCGCAAUGCCCUCAAGCACUAGUGGAAACUUCAAGCUCGCUAACGGUCAGGAUGCUCAGAAGCUCAAUGCGCAGUUUGCUACGCUAACUGCUACCUCUCUCUGCACUGAGGGUACAAAUGCAUGCGUCGAUAGCGCUUUUGCGCAGUGCGUAGGGGGCACGUAUGUGACUCAAUCUUGUGGGUCUGGUCUCAUUUGCGCUGCCCUUCCUCUCGUCAACUCUGCUGGAACGUCGAUCACCUGCACCACAAAUGCUGAUGCUUUAGCUCGCAUUGCUGCCACUGGCGCGCAGGGCGGCCUCACUGGAUGA